AUGCUGACUAGGGCCGCCAGAAAAGAUAAGCUACGGGCCCUCCGGGAAGCCAGGAAAGGCAAGAGCAGCUUGCUAGAUGAUUCAGAUGUGGAAGAAUCGAAUAUUUAUGAUGAAGUGGACGAAAAUACUUAUCGUGAACACAAGAGAGACCAGUUGAUGAACGACGAUUUUAUCGUUGAUGAUGACGGAGAAGGGUAUGUCGACAAUGGAGAAGACGAAUGGGACGAAAACACGCGUCCCAAGUAUUACUCUGACGAGGAAGAGCUCGUAGACGAGCCAAGAAAGCGAAAAGAAAAGCCAGUCAAAAUCGCCAAAACUGCCAAAAUCAACACAUUUUUCAAAUCAUCUGCAUUUCCUGACCUGAACCCUGCCCCAGCUGUCAAAUCCGACGCAAAAAUAGAUGACAUCUUGGACGAUUUCGAAGGUCCUGCUACCAAAAAGUUUAAGUUUUCCACGUUUGGAAAAACAUCUUCUAAACCACAACAAAAGGCAAAGCCAAGUUAUCGUUUUGCCACUUCUAUGAAACUGGAAAAGAAAAACCCCAGCAGCGAUGUUCAGAUAUACGAUGACAUGUCACCUGAGACACCUGACCAACCCUCGUCUCCGAUUAAGCUGAAGGCUGAAAAUGAAGUAAUAGACAUUAGUGACGAUGGGGAUGCGAAAGAGGCAAACUUGAAAGAAGAGCCGAAAUCUCAGCCUGAAUCUGACUCUGAGGACGAAGUGGUCGUUGCACGGCGUCCAAAGUCGGCUGUCUCUCGCACCACGAUGUCUACUCUCACGGCAGUCAGAACCUCAGAACUUCCGUCAUCUUCGCCUGUAAGAUCGCAACCCGUUACUUUCACAGAAAAGGUGAGUCAAUCGGAUAUUGUAGGACUGGCUCUGGAUACUACAGAUGAUGGCUUCAAGAUGUUUUGGCUCGAUUACUGUGAAGUUGACAGCAGCUUACUUCUAUUCGGUAAAGUCUUGACUAAAGAAGGAAAAUUGGUUUCGGGUGUGGUUCAGGUGAAUGGUAUCAGUAGAGAACUUUACUUCUUACCACGAGAAUUUCGCAAAGUUGAUGGAAUGGAAGAUACAGAACAGCCCGUCACUACAGAUGACGUAUACCAUGAAAUUGCACCUCAUUUGUUGAGUAAAUUUGGCUUGGAAAUGAUCAGAGCUAAAAAAGAAAAAAUGAAAUAUGCUUUUGAACUUUCCGGAAUUCCUCGUGAUACUGACUAUCUAAAAAUUCUUCUCCCAUUUAAGACCCCAAAGAGCCGUAACUUGGUCUUACCGUCAGAUCUUGAAGGGGAAACAUUUCGCCAUGUAUUUGGUACAAAUGCUAGCAUUUUUGAAAGUUUUGUUUUGCAACAAAACAUAAUGGGUCCUUGUUGGUUGGAUAUUAAAGGCGGGAACUUUGAAGCAAUCCAAAAUACUUCCCAUUGUCAAGUCGAAGUUGCUGUGGAUGCGCCAAAAGCUGUGACUCCAAUUUCAGGCAACUUGGCCCCACCUAAUUUGACUGUCUCGGCAAUCUCAGUUCAAACUACAAUGAAUGUCAAGGAAAACAAACAGGAAGUUGUAUCAGUUUCUAUUGCAACGUAUCGUGACUUGCCACAAGAUGCCCCUAUUGAUGAUAAAAAGCAACCGGACGAUAUGGUCACUUUGGUGCGUCCUGUUGGUUCUGUCAAUGUGCCUGCCGGUCUCGAAAAAUUAGCAAAAGCUCAAGGUCUUAACCUUAGAAUUCUUCCAAAUGAGAAGACGUUGCUCAAUUGCUUAUCAGCUAUCGUCAAGAAUUUGGAUCCAGAUGUCUACAUUGGACAUCGUCUCGAGAACAUUUCCUUAGACGUUCUUGUCCACAGAAUGUAUGAUUUGAAAGUCACUACUUGGUCGACCUUUGGUCGCAGAAAUAGAAAGGUGUGGCCAGAUAAGUUCGGUAAGUCCAGUGGAUUCAGCAACAAUCUUCAUAUAAGGGAAAUAUUUCAGGGUCGAUUGCUUUGUGACAUUGCCAACGAAAUGGGUCAAUCAUUGACUACCAAAUGUCAGUCUUGGGACUUGAGUGAAAUGUUGGAUGUUGUGUGUCAUAAGAAACAUACAGCUCUCGAAAUCAACUUCACGAACCCAAGAUAUGCUGAAGACGCAUCAUUCUUAUUAAUGGCUCUCAAAGAAAACGCUUCAAAUGUUAAAUACACCGCAGAGAUUGCAUUUGCCAUACAAAUUCUUUCUUUGUCCAAGCAGUUGACCAAUAUUGCUGGUAAUGCAUGGUCUCAUACCUUGAGUGGAACUCGUGCUGGUCGUAACGAGUUCAUUUUGCUACACGAAUUUCAUAGGAACAAGUACAUUGUUCCUGAUAAGGAGGAUAAGUUCCAUAAGAACAGCAGCUAUCAACAAGAAGCAAAGGUGGAAAACAACGAAGACGAUUCCACUACAGUCACAUCAAACAAGAAACCAAAGUAUCAAGGUGGAUUGGUUUUCGAACCGGAGAAAGGAUUGCACAAAAAUUACAUCUUGGUUAUGGAUUUCAACUCAUUGUAUCCAAGUAUCAUUCAAGAGUAUAAUAUCUGCUUCACAACCGUCGACCGAGACGAUUUUAACGUCAGUCAUGAUGAGGAAAAAGACAUGCCUGUACUUCCAGAUCGAGAAUCAGUUCAGGGUGUACUUCCAAGACUUUUGAACACUUUGGUUUCUCGUCGUCGUGAAGUCAAAAAGUUACUUAAAGACCCAAAGAAUAGUUUGGUCGAGCGAGCCCAGUAUGAUAUCAAGCAGCAAGCAUUGAAGUUGACUGCCAACUCUAUGUACGGUUGCUUGGGUUAUGUUAACUCGAGAUUCUACGCCAAACCAUUGGCCAUGUUGGUCACCAACAAAGGUCGUGAGAUUUUGAUGGAUACGAGACAACUUGCAGAAUCAAUAGGAUUGAGAGUUGUGUACGGUGAUACUGACUCUGUUAUGAUCGACACGGGUGUCACGGAUUUUAAGGAAGCCAUCAAGAUUGGAGAACAGUUCAAGUUGCAUGUCAAUGAGCGAUAUAAGCUUUUGGAAAUUGAUAUUGAUAAUGUGUUCAAAAGACUUUUGCUCCAUGCAAAGAAGAAAUACGCCGCCAUGAAUGCUUCUAUUGACCGCAAGACGGGAGAAGAGAAAGUUGUAUUGGAGGUGAAAGGGUUGGAUAUGAGAAGAAGAGAAUACUGUCAGCUUUCGAAGGAAAUAUCCACCUUUAUCUUGGAAAAGAUUUUAGCAGAUUCAGAUCCUGAACAAGCUUUGAUGGACGUUUACGAUUAUUUGGAGAAGAUGUCCGCCAAGAUCAAAAGUGGUGAAAUUCCAGUCAACAAAUUCCAGAUCAACACGAGAUUAUCGAAAGAUCCCAACAACUAUCCUAAUGGAAAGACCAUGCCACCGGUGAGAGUUGCAAUGCUCUUAAGAGAAAGUGGCAAGGUUAUCAAAGCAGGCACUGUCAUCACAUUUGUUAUAACUGCUCCACAAACAGAGGACGAAAAAUCCUCACCAGCCGACAGAGCGAGACCAAUACAAGAUGUGUUGAAGAAGGAUUCCAUUUAUCGUCCAGACCCUAAUUACUACUUGGAAAAGCAAAUAUUUGCACCAGUAGAGAGACUUUUGGAAAGGAUCGAGGGAAUUGAUAUGAUGAGGGUCGCCUCAUCUUUGGAUAUUGACACCAAGAAGUAUGUUCUUCGCGUGAGAAACAGCGAUACGCACGCCGGUGAAAUUGUUCCAUUGGAGUCAAACAUCAGCGAUGUUGAGCGCUUCAGACAAUGUAGCUAUUUGGUGUUGAAGUGUAAGUGUGGUGUCAACUUCAGAUUUGGUGGUAUUGUUGCGUCCAAUGACUACAAAGUCACAUUUAACGGAAUAUGCUGCAACAAGUGUCAUUACACAUUUCCAACUUUCCGCAUUGCAGCACAAUUGGAAAACAUGAUAAGAAGGCAUGUUUCGCUUUACUACGCCGGAUGGUUGGUAUGUGACGAUGGAGCAUGUGGAAUCACCACGAGACAAAUCUCGGUUUACGGUAAGCGCUGUAUCGGUGCAUCUGGAACAGCCACUGGGUGCAAAGGAGUCAUGAGAUACAAGUACAGUGACCGAGCGUUGUACAACCAAUUGCUAUACUUUAGUUCUAUUUUCGACGUCGACAAGGCUCGGAAAACUGAACUUAAGCCGGUUUUCGAUGCUUUUGAUAAAGGAAGUGAGCCAGCCAAGCUUGCGUCAGGACAAAUUGAGGCAUUAGCGGAGCAAAAUCGUGAACAUUUUGUUCACUUUCAAGGAAUAGUUGACCGGUACUUGGCUGAAUGUGGACGACGGUACGUGAACAUGGGGUCUAUCUUUGAUUUUAUGAAGUAA